AUGCAAAGCGUUCCUGACAGUGAGAGGCAAUGGUGGUCUAGCCCAUAUCUCAGGAUGCUAUCCAGUCCCAUACGUAUAUGCACCGUCACUCGGCGUUAUUUUCCAUCAGAUCUUUUAGUUCGCCUGGCGCCGUUCCGGAACCCUUUGGCCAAACCAUCCCUUACGGAAAGCCACUUCCUGCCUGAUGGACUUGAGCACCCAAAGUUCUCCGUCCGAGAAAACAGGACAGCAAUUUAUGUGCGGUGCCAUAAAGCCGCGUUUGAUGAUUUUGCAAACCGGGCAGCGUUGAGACGCUUCGCGCCAAAUCCUAAGGUACACGGCUCUCUCAAAAUACAGAUAGGCCAUCUCCUUCGACUACGUGUUUUACAAGAGAUCAAAGUGCUUGCGAACACACUUCGCUCCAACCGUCAGGCCACUUUGUCUGGACCAGUCCUGAGGCGCUUGACUCGGAGCGAAUGGGAGCAGGUGAAGGCAACCGGUUCCGUGCCCUUCAAAAAUGCAAUAGCUAUCAUCGUCGCUCCUCCACCCAACCGAGACCCAAAGACGAAACUUCGACCUCAGCCUUGGUGGCAGCCAACCCUUCCGGAUAGCCAACUGGCCAUUCUUCAAGACUCAGCGUCACAGCCUUCCCUACCGUCCCUCCCUCCAGUUUCGGAACUCCUUGCUCACGUAAAUAAUAGUAGCGGAAGUUUGGACGAGAUUCCUAAUGUGGUCCCGAAUUCUCGAGUCCCACUUUACAACGCUACAUCUCUCUGCCCUCUUCCUGGACACCGUGCGGCACUUCACGAGGGUCUGAGCGACAUCCUGAAUACUGAACGCCACAAUCGUCGAUUCGUGGACCUCAGCGAAACGCUUGAAACCACAACCUCUUUGGUGACUGGGCCUCAAAAGAGUAGUCAUGCUUUCCUACUUCGCUCGGACGAGGAUACGCUCACACGCGCGGACCCUGUGCCCUUAGCCAUCGCGUUGUGGAGAGUACGAUUAUGGGAAGGAGAAGCAGAGAACCAAAGCUACGAGGAUGGCUGGGAGAUGGGCGCAGGAUGGCGCAGGCAAUAUGCAGCAACGGCACUUUAA